GAGCCGUAGUCUCAGUGACGGGAGCACGUGGUGUCCCGGCCCCGCCCCGGAUCUCUAUGGUAACGGCGGGCGGUUCGGCGCCCGGCGCGCGGGGAGCCUGCGGCCGCAGGAAGAAGCCGGGUGGGGCCCAGGCCGCCCGCCCCGCCGAGCCGGCUGACAGGACCUUGGAGAAGAUGAUGGUGAGACCGCCUGAGUCCCUGUUCUGAGUCAGCCCGUGCCUGGUGUGCUAUGGCUCUACAUGGCUUCUGCAGGACCGCAACACUAUAGUAUAGGCCUCAAAAGGAGAAGCAACUUCCAACUGCCCGUUCCAGCUGCGGAGAGACCCCCUGAGAGCCAGGCCUGGUUCCUCGCCCAGCAGCAGGUGAAGCCCAUCUGGAAGCUAGGACGAAAGCAUGUGAGUACUUUCCAAGACCACAGGCCAAUCCACUCAGGGAUCCCUCCCCAGCGCACCUGCUUCUUGUACCCAGCCUCGUUAUGCAGCAGUCACCUGCGUGACCGAAGCCUGCCCCUCUCCCGGUCCCCGCCCCAUCCCUUCCCGGACCUCGCCGGGAGCACGUUGCUGUAUCGGCGCUCGUACUUCAGACACAAGCCUUACCAGCGGCUCGAGUCCAUCUGCUUACGGUCCAGUGCUUCGGAGAGCCGACAGCUUCCUUUCCCAUCCAAAGGGCUCCGGGCUGAGCACGGCAUGGCAUCCUCGGCGGUGGAACCGUUCCCCUGGCCGAGUGCAGCUGGGGAGCAGGCCGGCGCAGGGGGGAAAUGCGCUCCUCUAGGCUCGGGUAAACGAACGUCCGGCCAGUACAAACCAGUGCUAAACAAUAACUCCUUCCUACGGCCAAACAGUGCUAAAGUGCCUUCGCUGCAGUCACCAGGGAACAAGAAACUGAAGAACAGCCCGAGGUCUCCAGCGAUAUCUUGGUCCCAUUGUGGGGGGACCGGGGACGGCUCCUCCAUGAGUCUGGAGAACAGGUCUGGGAAAGGCAACAGCCUUGUGCUGGAGCAAGCCACCCCCGUGUCCCGCCUGUCUCCAGUUCAGCCCAACGCGGCCUGCCGAGCCGAGCAAAGCUCCUGGCACUUGGAGGACAGUGAGAGCCGGGUGCAGACUUUAAAAGCCAAGGAACGAGAGAUCCGGCUCACAGAGGCCGUGAGGAAACUGAGCGGGAAAGUUACCUACAACGAAUUCGGCCGCAGGAUUGAGACCUCCUGCCUCAUGAACACGGGCUUCCAGUACAACCUAUUCAAUAGGAACAGCCGCUGGAAACAGCAUCUCCUCGCCCAGCUGAGCCCAAAAGAAACGGCCGCCCCCUUGAACUUGGAGCUGGGUAACCGGUGCCUAAGCGGUAACCUGAGCCUGGCUGGCCCCAACAGUGCCACCGUCUGCACUAAACGAAUCAGCGUUUGCCUCUUAGCCUCCAAUUCUGACUCUUCGGACCCCAGUGCGCCCUGUCGGACUGUGAACUUUGUGGGCCUGAGCAGUGGAGACCAGGUGGGGAAAACCGAGCCAGCCCCCCAUGCUGACAUCUCCGCGGUAGCAGCUCAGAUUUCCACCAUCCAGCUGAGCAAGGAUGCGAAGUGGGAGCAGGCCGCUCCCCUGAGAGAGCCAGAGGCGGCCGUCAGCCUGCCCCUGCUCGACCCCGCGGAGCCCGAAGCCGAUGCAGAGGAAGAGCUCCCUGAUGGGCUGGACGACGGCUGCAGUCAGGAUGAGGAGGAAGAGGAGGGCGAGUCGGACAGCUCCUCCGUCACAGGCUUAUCGCCCAACGGCUCCGUGGCUCUGAUUUCCAGGAAUUGUCUUGAGUGUUUGACCCAGCCACUCGAGGCCCGAGAGCGGAUCCUCAAACCAGCUCUCAUAUGCAGUUUAUUCCCCACCGUGCCUCCAACCAUCUACUUCAGUACUCGGGACGAGAAAGUGGAGAAGCUCCCCUGGGAGCAGAGGAAGCUGCUGCGAUGGAAGAUGAGCACCGUCACCCCCAACAUCGUGAAGCAAACCAUCGGCAGGUCCCACUUCAAAGUCAGCAAGAAAAACAGCGACUGGUUGGGCUGCUGGGGCCAUCACAUGAAGUCGCCUGGCUUCCGAGCCAUCAAGGAACAUCAGAAGUUAAACCACUUCCCUGGCUCAUUUCAAAUCGGGAGGAAGGAUCGUCUGUGGCGCAACCUGUCGAAGAUGCAGGCUCGUUUUGGCAAGAAGGAGUUUAACUUCUUCCCUCAGUCCUUCAUCCUGCCCCAGGACAUCAAGCUGCUGAGGAAGGCCUGGGAGGAGAGCGGUAGCCGCCAGAAGUGGAUCGUGAAACCACCGGCGUCGGCCAGAGGCAUUGGCAUCCAGGUCAUCCACAAAUGGAGCCAGCUGCCCAAGAGGAGGCCGCUGCUGGUGCAGAGAUACUUGCACAAGCCCUACCUCAUUGGCGGGAGCAAGUUUGACCUGAGGAUUUAUGUUUACGUCACUUGCUACGAUCCCCUCAGGAUCUACUUGUUCAAAGACGGAUUAGUGCGCUUUGCCAGCUGCAAAUAUUCCUCCUCCAUGAAGAGCCUCAGCAACAAGUUCAUGCACCUGACCAACUACAGCGUGAACAAGAACAACACCGAGUACAAAUCCAACUCGGACGAGACUGCUUGUCAGGGGCACAAAUGGGCACUGAAAGCUCUCUGGAGCUACCUGAGCCAAAACGGGGUGAACAGCGAGGCCAUCUGGGAGAAGAUCAAGGACAUCGUUAUCAAAACAAUCAUUGCGUCCGAGCCCUACGUGAACAGCCUGGUGAAAAUGUACGUGCGGCGUCCGUCCUGCUGCCACGAGCUCUUCGGCUUCGAUGUCAUGCUGGACGAGAACCUCAAGCCGUGGAUCUUGGAAGUGAACAUCUCCCCCAGCCUCCAUUCCAAUUCGCCACUGGACGUGAGCAUCAAGGGCCAGAUGAUCCGGGAUCUCCUCAACCUGGCUGGCUUUGUUCUUCCCACCGUGGACGACGUGGCGUCGGGCUCCGGGAGCGCCAGCAGCUCCACCCUCAGUCUAAGCAGCACCGCGAAGGAGAAGCCGAAGUCGGCCCCGGAGCAGUUCACGGCAGAGAAGAUGAAGCGAGCGUAUUACUUGACACAGAAGCUACCUGAUCAGGAUUUCUACUCCUCCGUCCUGGACAUCCUGACCCCGGACGACGUGCGGGUGCUGGUGGAGACUGAGGACGAGUUUGCUCGGCGCGGGCAGUUUGAGCGGGUGUUCCCGACCCGGAUCUCCAUGCGGUACCUGCGCUUCUUCGAGCAGCCGCGCUACUUCAACAUCCUCACGGCCCAGUGGGAGCUGAAAUAUUACUUGAACAAACCCCGAGGUUUGGAUCUGUUAAGAAACUGGUGUCACAAAGGGUACCUCAGCGGGGCCGUGCCGGACUUGGCCCAGAUGCAAAGCUCUGCCGAGAGCUGCCGAGGAAGUGCCCGCGCCCCUGGAGCCCAGCGCCUGCCCGCAGAGUUUACCUCUGAUCCGAUACAGCGGUGGAGCCGUCAAGAAACCCGUCGUCCCGCAGCCGCGUGUCUGACUCCGCCUUGGUCAUGUGACCGAGCGCCACCGGCCCCUCGCCCUGGCGGGGGGACCACGAACCUACCUCACAGGAAGCCGCUGGUGCUGGAGGCCGGCGAGGCGGCGGAGACGCGGGGGCCGCGCGCUGGCCAGAGGGGUAUUUGGGGAGAUUAUUACUUGGCCAAAGGGUUAGAUGCUCAACGUCUAGUUUUUAAAAACAAAAGAAAUGUCCAGACACCGAAGCCUUGGGAAGGCAGGUUUGUUCCUUAGCGCGGAGGAGUCUCAGCUCUGCAAGUGCCUCUCCCCUGCCAAGUGCCCUCGCGGGGAGGGGGCUACCGAGCAAAGGGCUGGGGUUGUGUGUGGCUUAACCGCGUACGGUUCAUUGCGGGCUAGUGUCCCCCCAGCCCUGGUAGCCCAGCGGGGCUGAAUCCCUGCUAGCCAGCAAUCCUGGGAUGUGACCCGACUCAGCCUUGCCGGGAGCUGGGGCUGCCCCCUCAGGCUCCAUUGCUACUUUUCUCCUCUGGAAGGAGCAGACUUGGGUCUUUUCAGUCCGUGGGGGUCAGCCCCAUGCGCGCAGCCCCUGAGCUCUGAGCAAACCUCCGCUCCCUGGCAUGCCCCAUGGGGAAACCACGGGGGGUUAGAAAUCAGGGAGGUGGCACUGCCCUCUGCAGAGACCCCCCCCCACCCCCAUUACGCUGGCCAUGCGAGGUAGGCGGGGGCUCCCGGGCCCCGGUGCGCGAGGCGGGCGGGGGAUCCCGGCCCAACAGCCUCCUCUCCUGCCCUGCUUACAAACACUGUUGCACUUAGUGGUGGAGCCGGGCUCGUCGCUGCUCCCUCCCCAGGCUCAUGCCUGGGCGUUUGUCUGGCGAGAGAACCCGAGAGCCGGCCCGUCGCCAUGAGCCGCUGGCCCUGGGCUGCGUUCGGGUGGAGAUGGGGCCUUACCCCCUACAAGCUGCCCGCUGCUCUGAGGCCAGUGUGGUUCCGGGAGCCUCCCUCUCCUCGCCCAGGGCCUUGGCCCCAGGGGCUCUAUUAAAGUCUAACGCCCGAGCUGCACUGGCUGGUUUGUGUCGCUGGGGCGCUCUCCAGCCGGCGACUGAUCUUCCAUCAGCCAGUCGCACGGUCCCUCCUAUGCUGGCCCUCCUAGCCAGGGGAGCUCAGGGCUGGUCAGGGCCUCAGAGCCCCCCGUUGUCUCCCGCCCUGGUCCCUGGCCCGCUCCCUUUCU